AAUAUGGAACAGUGAACCGCUCCUUCUUCUUCUUCGAUCUGCCGCCAUAGUUGAGUUGCAAGCUCUGUCAAAAACCCUAAAAUCCCUAAACCCCAUCACUUCAUUUUCAAUCAAUUCAUCACCAUUGAAUUCGGAAUGGGGAUCGAAAGCUACGUUGUGGUGCAUAACAUAGCCAAAAGGCACAACGUUGGCACCAUGGCCCGAAGCGCCACCGCCUUUGGCGUCUCCGAACUCAUCCUCGUCGGCCGUCGGGACUUCAACGCCUUUGGUAGCCAUGGUUCUACUUCUCAUCUCCGCUUCCGCCAUUUUCAUUCCCUUCUCGACGCUCAAACUUUCCUCAAGGAGAAGGAUUGCGAUAUAUGUGGUGUGGAGAUCACUGACAACGCCGUGGCUGUCAAUCAGCAUCCUUUCAAGAGGAGCACUGCUUUUCUUCUUGGAAACGAGGGAACAGGGCUUUCUGCUAAAGAGUGUGCGAUCUGCGACUUCUUCGUCUACAUCCCACAAUAUGGUGUUGGCACUGCGUCUUUGAAUGUAACUGUAGCUGCUUCCAUUGUCCUACAUCAUUUUGGUGUUUGGGCAGGAUUUCCUGAAAGAUGUCGCGACGGUAGCAAAUUUAUAGUGGCUGAAAGACCAGUCAGACAGGUCAAGCGGAAUUAUUGCACUGAAACAGAAGAAUCUAUUAUGGAAGAGCGUAAAUCCAGGAGGGAGAAUGCUUCUAAAGGCUUCUUUGAUGAGGGGAUGAUUGAUGAAUCAGCAUCCAACCUUCUUGAUACAUUGUUUAUUGAUCAAUAAUUGGAGUUGGGCAUGUGGGUAGCUAUUCUAUUAUCAUAUGCAUCCAGAACGCACUGAUGACCUUCAGGACCAUUGUUGAUUGGCACCAUUACUGAAGGCAUUCAUUGCAGGAACCUCUUCUGGAGAGAAAGGAAAUUCUUCUCCUUUGUCUUUUUCUUUAUUAUUCUUAUCUUUGAAUUUUCCUAGAAAGUCUGGAAUUAUAUUUAGUUAAUUAACUUGAUGGCUGACUUGCCAAAAAAACAUGGCCACAUGGAGUAGGGUUGAUUGAGGAAAUGUAGGGUUGAUAGUGCUAUCUUUUUGUCAAAAAAACACCAUGUACAUGUAACAUGUUAUGCAUAGGAAAUAUCAAAAUUUCUUUCUCUUAA